AUAUAAUAUACACAAUGUAGGUAUAAAGAGUUAUAUGGUGGGCCCCUGCAGAUUGUCAACAUGUGAUUGUAAAGAUUCUUCAGAGACAAGAUAAAAUUGAUGGGCCCCAACAGUUUGUUGUGUUCUAUUUGAAAAUAUGCUCAUUGGAGUCUUGUGUGUGGAAAGAUGCUACGUUGGAGUUGUGUGUGGAAAGAUUCUCCAUUGGCUGGUUGUGUUUGGAAGUGAAAAUAUGCUUCAAAUGAGUAAUUGGCAGACAGGUGGGUUUUCAAAGAAAAAAGAAGAAGUGAUCGGCUGUUGGGCGAGGACGGUGGCGCAAGAAGCAAGCCGGCUUAGGGACAGUCGUGGACGGGAGAUUGCAGGCGGUUUUUGAAGAAUGAAUGAAAAUAACGAGAAAGGGAUAAGGAGAUUGCCGGUGAUGAGAAGAAUCCGGCCAAAAGAAAAAGAAAGAGUUUACUAGUAUUGGAGAAGAAAUUGGCCGGGAGAAGAUGGCCUAAAGAUGAAGAUGGCCGGAGUUGGCCGAAGAACGUGGCCGGAAAAGAUAACUUAGAGGAUGGUGGUCAGCGGUGUGACCGGUGGCAGGGCGAUGACUUGGCAAUAGAAGAGGAUGGUCGGCUAGAGUCCAGUAAUCAAGAGAAAAGAAAAUAGAGAUGUGUGUGUGUGUGUAGAGAGAGAGAGAGAGGAUGAGUGGGGCUUGGGCGGACGGGAUCGGCGGCCUGCGCAGUGGCGAUUCUGAGUUUGGUCGCAUUUUAUUUUAUUUUUUUUAACAAUGAAGAAAAAGGAAGAAAAGAGAGGGGGUAGGCUUAGGUGGCCGGGGAUGCUCGGUCGUCAUCGGAAGGAGGAAGAAGAAGUACCCUAAACCUAGCUCUUGAUACGAAAAACAGGAGGAGAAUACGAUCUGAUGCUCAGAUCGGGGGCUGGCCGGCGAAAGAAAGAGCCGGUGAGGUCAACAAGAGAAGAGAAAAACCUUAUCUCUGAUACCAUGAUAGAAAAGGAUAGAAAGAAGUGUAUGCCAGCCCAAGGCAUGCAUGACCCUUUAGGUCUUACUUAUAGGGGCAAACAAUACAAUACAAAUAUAUAACAUAGGGGGAGUGACAGCAAUGGAUGAUUUCCUGAAGAAAUUCUUUCAUAUAGUUUAUGUGAGAAAACAUGAGGUCAAAGAGAGCAACUACUGCAAAUAUGAUAACCAGGGCCUUCAGCUUUUCACUUCAUCACUUUACCUGGCAGCCAUUAUUGCCAGCUUCUUUGCAUCCAAAGCCUGCACAAAGUAUGGCAGGAAACGCACAAUGCAAGCUGCUUCCCUUUUCUUUCUCACUGGUGUUGUCCUGGAUUGUGCAGCCAUGAAUCUCCCCAUGCUCAUCAUUGGCAGGAUUUUUCUUGGUUUUGGAGUAGGAUUUGCUAACCAGGCUGUUCCAUUGUUCUUGUCAGAAAUAGCACCAGUGAGAAUCAGAGGAGCAUUGAACAUCCUUUUCCAGCUUCAAGUAACAAUUGGGAUCUUCAUAGCAAACAUUGUGAACUACUUCACAUCCAACUUGCACCCAUGGGGAUGGAGGCUCUCCCUCGGUCUUGCAGGAAUUCCGGCGAGCAUCCUCUGCCUUGGCUCUUUGCUUAUAACCGAGACUCCAACAAGCCUCAUCGAGCGAAAGAAACAAGAUGAAGGCCUACAAGUACUAAAGAAAAUCCGCGGAACAAACAAUGUGAAUGCCGAAUUCCAAGAACUUGUUCGUGCUAGUGAAAUUGCCUGGCAAGUGAAGCACCCUUUCAGAAAUCUCAGGAAGAGGAAUAGCCGACCUCAACUCAUCAUCGGCAUAAUGAUCCAAGUAUACCAGCAAUUCACAGGAAUCAAUGCCAUCAUGUUUUAUUCUCCUGUGCUCUUCCAAACAAUGGGAUUCAGAAACGAUGCUUCAUUGUUAUCCGCUGUGAUUACUGGUCUUGUGAAUGUGUUCUCCACCAUUGUUUCUAUUGUUCUUGUGGACAGAGUUGGCAGGCGGAAGUUACUGCUUCAGGCUGCUGUUCAGAUGCUCAUUGCUCAGACAAUUAUUGGAGGAAUUCUGGCGGCUAAAUUGCAUGAUAAUAACUCACUAGACAAGGGAUUAGCUAUUGCAGUGGUGGUGUUUGUCUGUGUGUUUGUUGCUGGAUUUGCAUGGUCAUGGGGACCUCUUGGAUGGUUGAUACCAAGUGAAACUUUCCCCUUAGAAACAAGAACAGCAGGUUAUGCCUUUGCUGUUAGCUCAAACAUGCUCUUCACCUUCCUCAUUGCUCAAGCAUUUCUAUCAAUGUUGUGCCAUAUGAAGGCUGGCAUCUUCUUCUUCUUCGCGGCUUGGAUCGUCAUCAUGGGUUUGUCCGCUGCAUUUCUGCUGCCGGAGACGAAAGGCAUUCCGAUAGAUGAGAUGACGGAGAGAGUCUGGAAAAAGCAUCCGUAUUGGAAGAGGUUUGUGGAUGAUGAUGGACAUGAGCUUGCUGAGGUUGAGAAGGGAACUCAAGGUUGAGAUUAUUAGCUAGAGUUCUAGCUAGUAUUAGUUUUGUAGUUUCUUUUUUCCUCUUCUUGAUUUGUCUUUCCAUAAUGUCUGUGCACAAAACAUCUUCUAUCAAACACUUGUUCAUUGUCUUUGUUUAAUCAGGAUAUUAAUGUUGAGGAUUGGGAGGUUUCUGAGGUUUUGGGAAAUUAAAAUUAAACUUGUUUGGUGUGG